AUGAAUUCUUUUUUCAAUGAAAAAACUAAUUCUUGCAUUAAACUUGAUACUGAACAUGAUAUUAGUCUUGAUAAUAGUUACUAUGCUAAUACUUUUGCUACUUGGAAUGAUGUUAUACAACAUAUUAAUGCCUAUGCUAUCGAACAAGAGUUUGCAAUGAGACUUAACUGUACAGAGAAAAGCUUGGAUGUCACUAUUAGAGCAAAAAUUGUUUGUCAUCAUGCUGUUAUCACAAAUACAGAAUAUUAUGUAAAAUAUAUUAAUCUUGAGCAUAAUCAUCUGAUAGAUACUGCUGUGGCUGUUUUUGACUCUAGUUAUCACAAAUUAAGCAAUAGUAAAAAUAAUCAAGUGCUAAUGCUUUAUAAUAGUGGAAUACUGGUGCCAAUAAUUAUUAGAAUAUUAAAUAAAGAGUAUAGAAGAUACAUUCAUAAUAAGGAUAUAUUUCAACAACUAAAGCAAGCAGCUAGUAAUACAGUUAAUAGAAUUCAAAUGAUUUUAACUAACAAAGAUCUUGCCUUAUUAUCUGCAAUUCGAGCUAAAAUGUUACAUGUCAAGUACCAAAUAUGUACCUGGCAUGUAAAACAAAACAUUGUUAGGAAUUUAAGUAGUAAACUUAAAGAAAAAUUUGUAGCAUUUAGUAAAGAUUUCAAAAUAGUGAUGACUAAGAAUACUGAAGAUCAAUUUAAUAUUAGUUGGAAUAAACUGAUAACUGAGUACUCUGAGUCUAGCAAUUAUAUAGAACAAUGA